UCUUCACUAAUGGGCAAUAAACUGUGUGCUACUCUGACUCACACAGCCCAGUUUAAGUAGGAAUAGGAACCUACAUCACAUCUGCCCUCUUUCUCCGUAUCUCCGGCUCCAGUGUAACUACAACAGCAGACACUGCCAUGGUGUCCCACAAGGAAUUCCAGAAUGCCGGGAAGGAGGCUGGGCUCCAGAUUUGGCGCAUCGAGAACAUGGAUCUAAAGCCCGUCCCCAAGCCUCUGUUUGGAAACUUCUACACCGGCGAUGCCUACAUCCUUCUCUUCACCACCCGUGCUCCAUCUUACUGCAUUCACAUGUGGUUGGGUAACGAGUGCUCCCAGGAUGAGAGCGGUGCCGCGGCCAUUUUGGCGACUCAGCUGGACGACCACCUGGGGGGAAAGCCCGUGCAGUUCCGCGAGGUGCAGAACAACGAGUCUGUCACCUUCCUCGGGUACUUCAAGUCUGGCAUCAAGUACAAGCAAGGGGGAGUGGCCUCUGGCUUCCAGCACGUGGUGACCAAUGACACGAGUGUGAAGCGUCUGCUGCACGUCAAGGGCCGACGGUCCAUCAGGGCCACGGAGGUGGACCUGUCCUGGGGCAGCUUCAACACGGGCGACUGCUUCAUCGUGGACCUUGGCAAGGACAUCUACCAGUGGUGUGGAAGCGAGUGCAACCGCUACGAGAGGCUGAAGGCCGCCCAGCUGGCCAUCGACAUCCGCGACAACGAGCGCAGCGGGCGGGCCAAGCUGCACAUGGUGGAGGACGGGAGCGAGCCCGAGGAGCUCCUCGCUGCCCUGGGCCCGAAACCUAAAAUCCCAGCAGGGUCCACCGACGAUGAGUUAAUGGAUAGAACCAAUAAGAAGAAGGCCGCUCUGUACAUGAUCUCCGAUGCGACGGGCUCCAUGAAGGCCACGGAGGUGGCCCCGGCCAGCCCCUUCAAACAGGCAAUGCUCUCGCACGAUGAGUGCUACAUCCUGGACAACGGGGUGGACCACAAGCUCUUCCUGUGGAAAGGGCCGAACGCAAACCCGGCGGAGCGCAAGGCGGCCAUGAAGGCGGCCGAGCAGUUCAUCAAAGACAAGAACUACUCCAAACUGACACAGGUCCAGGUCUUGCCAGCAGGGGGUGAGACCACACUCUUCAAGCAGUUCUUCUCCGACUGGAAGGACAAGGACCAGACCACAGGUCCCACCAAGGCCUAUACCAUUGGUCGCAUUGCGCACGUGGAGCAGAUCCCCUUUGACGCCUCCUCUCUGCACUCCAACAAGGCGAUGGCUGCCCAGCACGGCAUGGUGGAUGACGGAUCUGGGAAGGUCGAGAUUUGGCGUGUUGAAGGGGGGGCCCAGGUCCCAGUGGAGCCAGCCAACUAUGGACAUUUCUUUGGGGGAGACUGUUACCUCAUUUUGUACAGCUACCAACAGGGAAGGGAGCAACACAUCAUCUACACCUGGCAGGGGCUGAAGUGCAGUCAGGAUGAACUGGCUGCCUCAGCCUUCCUGACAGUGAAGCUGGAUGAUUCCAUGCGUGGUGCCCCAGUUCAGGUGCGGGUGACACAGGGCCAGGAGCCGCCCCACCUGAUGAGCCUGUUCAAGAACAAGCCCAUGAUCAUCCACAGGGGAGGGACGUCCCGUAAGGGGGGCCAGACCCAGGCCGGGAGCACGCGCCUCUUCCACAUCCGCCGGAGCUCCACGCGGGCCACCCGCGCUGUGGAGGUGGAACCGUCAGCCUCCUCCCUGAACACCAAUGACGUGUUUGUGCUGAAGUCGCCCGACUCCCUGUUCGUGUGGAAGGGCGUGGGGGCCACCGAGGAGGAAAGCUGUGCUGCCAAGCAUGUGGCUGGCUUCCUCGGAGGAAGUCCAACCGAUGUGCCAGAGAGCAAGGAACCGGCUGGAUUCUGGUCUGCUCUGGGUGGGAAGAAAGAGUACCAGACUUCCAAGAGUCUGCAGAACACAAUGCAGCCCCCUCGGCUGUUUGGCUGCUCCAACAAGACUGGCCGGCUCAUCGCAGAGGAGGUUCCAGGAGACUUCACCCAGUCCGACUUGGCAACCGAUGAUGUCAUGUUGAUGGACUCGUGGGACCAGAUCUUCCUCUGGAUUGGCAAUGAAGCCAACGAAGCUGAAAAAACAGGAGCUCCAAAAAUAGCCAAAGAGUAUGUGGGAAGUGAUCCAUCUGGACGCAAAGAUAUGCCCAUAGUGACCAUCAAACAAGGCUUUGAGCCACCUACCUUCACUGGCUGGUUCCAAGCCUGGGACGCCAAGAUGUGGGACUCAGACCCCCUGAUGCGCAUGCGGGACCAAUUUUAAACUCACCACCCCCUCCUCAUAACAUCCAGCUUGUGCUUGGCGACGCAACCGUGUACAUAUUCAAUCUCCACAUUUCGACUUUUGAGGCAGGAUAUUUACCUAUGUGAGUUUCACAGAGGCUAUAUGCUGUGUUACUGUUCUCUGUUUGACAGCACAAACAGCGCAUCUUAAACACUCCCUCUGUAUCAGACUGCAAAUGCUCUCUGUCCAUAUUUGUUCUUUUUUUUUUUUUUUACUUGCAAUUUCGGCUUUUAGUAACUUUGCCAUGUACUAGACAUUUUUUUAAAGGGACAGAGAUACCAAAAUGACCUGUUCUCAGCCAAUUACAAGGCACUGAAUGGCUAAAUUGAAACAUGCAUUUUUCCAUUAUCCUGAGUUGCCAGAGGUUUGUCAUCCAUGAGUUGUGGAGGCUUGUUUACGUAGCUCUCAUAAGGACUAUGGAAAUUGCUUGCUAUUGUGACAUUCCUAAAGCUUUUUUAAAAAACUUUAUUUCUGAUUGCUAACUGUGCUUACUCUUAAUAAACACCCUGCAUUUUCAAAGGA